GCACAAUUUUCUUUUAUUAUUUAAAAAGUUAAAAAUCAUCUUUACACUUUCUUUUUUAGUAAAUUGAGCAAAUGCUGAAUACAUCAAUAUAUUAUAUAAUCUAAUAUAUAAGAUUCAAUGUAACCAAAUAAUUGCUCAUUAUUUAUAGCAAGUCUUACUUCGUACUGUACUAUUUGUAAAUGCAACCUUGUGGAUACGACGGCUCAAUAUCCACCAUUUUAAUUUUAAACCCGAUUUGCGCCAACUUCAUAUUCUUUGGAGGCUCUCUUAAAUAUCCGAAGAAAAUAUUUAUGGGUUAAUAUAAAAUACUGCGAUCAGUGCCAAGAUAUUCGUAUAUUUAAAAUUAAUUAUUGUAUUAACUAAAUAAUUUGUAUUGUAAUAACGGGGUGUGUUCUUUGAAUAUUAGUAAGAAUUGUUUAAACACCGUAUCCGAAGGAAUUUUCUUUGUUUAUUUUAGUUGUUGAUUGAACUUGAAUUGAAAAGGCUCAUAAUGGAUAAACGUGCCAUUGAGCAAAACAAUUUAACUGAUUCGCUAGGUGUUUUAAACUUGGAUGGUUUAAGGGCUUUUGGCGAGAUGUCUAAUUCUUCAAUAACAAGCAGUAAGCCUAUCAAUGAUCGUUUGAAUAAAGAGCGACUGAGAGCGUUGGAAACUUUGGAAAAAGCUAAUAAGACAAUAAAAUCGGACGUAAAUAAAAUUAUACAACAAAGUUUUGCUAAAAAGGAUUUUAGAGAUCCAAAUCCCAUAACAACAUCGUCAAACAGCUCUUCAAAAUUUAAUCGAACCGAGUAUGUACCCUAUCGUAGACCCGAUUCUAUUAAUAUUUCGGAAUUGGUAAUGGACGAGAGUAUAAAUUUAGAUUUUAAAAGUACUGUUUCAACAAGUAACAAUACAAAAGUUUCUUUUGAACCUUCUGAAAUAACUGGACGAUCUACACACUACAAGGACCGUAAGUCACAAAAGAUUCCGAAAAAUAAUAUGACAUCCACAUCUAGUCGCCUAUCCGUCGGUGACAUCCUUGCUACUUCGUUUGCGCCUAAAGCACGUAAUCUCGGUGAGGUAUUGGGAGAACGUACGUCUGUAUCCAGUACAACUUUAGGGAGCCUAAAUAAUUCGAGAAGUUUACUUCGGACAGCAGACUUGUCUCUAAAUACUUCAGAAUCUACGUUUAGUAAAUCUGCAAUUGUCGGAGGGCAAUUUUCAUUUAAUGGCACAAAUGAAUCCACAGUCAACGCAGAGGAAUUUCAACCAGCUGAGAAUAUGCAGUCCAAACUACUGAUGGAUGAAAUAGCUUGGGCACAAGAAUUCGCCGCAAUACCCACAUCUGACGUGAAUAAAAAUAGCAAAGAUAAGAUGGUAGAAGAAAAGGAUUUUGAUUUGCAAUCAAACCCAAACAGUUCUCUAUUUUCUCGAGAUCCAAAUUUUUCAAUGGGUCGGUUUUUUAAUCAGCGAUCAGAAGAUUUACAAAAUAUUGUAAAGUCAUUAAGUCCAGAGCGUAUGCGACCACCAAUAGCAUUAGUAGAUGAAACUCACAACUCACUCAGUUUAAGUACACCUUUAGGUAACACAAAAGCAUUUCAAUCUACAAAAGACGUCGAUCGCACCCCUCAAAUAGAUAACAGAACUUAUAGCCUAGCUCCAAAAAGAAAUCAGAGUUCGACAGCGGAUUUGGGUAAAAUUAUUCGAGAUGAACAUGAGAGUAAAGACUCCGGAAAUGGCACAAAAGAAGACGAAGAAUCCUAUUUGCUCUCUCUAUCUCACAUCAAAAAGGCGUUUAUAAAAAAUUCGUAUAAUGACAUCAAAUCAACUGAUCUUAUCGAUUUAUUGAAAAAACCAAAACGUCCUAAAUCGCCACAAAAUCAUGGACACGCGGAAUCUGAACAAAGUUGUAAGCCAUCGCAAUGUCAGACAAAAGAGAUGCAAGUGGUUAAAGAAGCGCAUAAAAAAGCUACGGGAAAUUCUACGGUGAGAAGUUCUAUUGAGCAAUACACAAAGAGUCUUAACACACUCGAAGAAUUGUUAUCGGAGAACAAGGAGAAUUUGGAUCCAGAAAGAAUGCGUGGAUCUGAGUCACAAGCUGACACUAUAAGCUUUACAGAAUCGCUGCUGGAUGCCAGCGAUUUAAAGGAAUUGCAACAAAGCGUAAAUCAACCACGUUCACCACUCAGUCCAUUGAAUAUACCGAGGGUUAGACUAUCACCAGAUCAAUUAGAUGUACAAAUAAGACCCUCUAAAAUAUAUCUUAAAACACCGGAGAGAUUGGACGACAAUUCUAAAAUGUCAGCUAAUGAAUCAGCGAUAUCGAAGGCUUUUUCUAAUAGUCGGGCGGCUAUCAAUAAGCAUAACAAAUCAACUAUCCUUGCACCAAAUGCAAAAUCACCGUCCGCGGUAAGUCCAACAUUGCCGUUAAAACAGAAACCCCUUAGCUCUACAAGGUUAGAUGAACAAAAAAGCGAAUGUGACUUCGUAGCUAUUUCGCCGAAUCUUUCCAAAUCUAUGACGUCAACUAAGGGUAUUUCCGCUGAAUACACCUUAUUGGCCAACGGAAGCCCCAAUAACGGCUUGAUCUCCGGUGUGCCAUCUCCAACGCGUAGCUAUAUGUCGUCGCCUGUUGCAGAAAGUCGUAAUGAGAAUUAUCGUGGUGCUUGUGAAAAUUGUUCACCUCAACUGCGAGUUCAACCCCAAACUAGCACUACAGUUAGAAUCCAUCGUACCAAUUCAUCCCCCUCCAUCAGUGAGCGCAGCAUUAAGAGUAUUGUACCAAUGCGCACUACCAGUACGCAAUCGUUACGAAAUGGUAGUAGCAAUGGAGGCGUUGUGCGCAGUGUCUCCCGAUGCUCCAGUAGCAGCGAAUUCAGCCAUCGUGAUGGCAAUGCCAUCCCACUGAAAGUAACCGCGAUGGAAUUGUCUUGGGGAAGUACACGUCUGCGAAAUGCCGCCCAUAAGACAAUGCAAAUAAAGAAUACAGCCAGCAAGAAACUUACAUUACGUAUCGAUGUCCAUGGUCCAGGUUAUCAGCUGAUCAAUAUGCCAGGAAAUAAUACAUUAACACUGCAGUCGCAGGAGUGUCGAACUAUUGCGGUGAGCUUUUGUCCAACGGUCAUUGGUGCUGCCAUUGGCAAACUGUCAUUUUAUGCUCCACAAAAUACUACCGUUGCCCAUAAUAGUGCCUCUACAGCUAGCAUGUCUUCAUUUUUGGAUAUUCCCCUCUAUGGCUAUGGCGGUCACUGCAGUGUUGUGGCACAAGAAGUACACAUAGCUCCUGUGGGUAUGGCCUUUCUACAAAUGGGCUAUCUGCAUGAACUCUCGCAGCCAAUACAGCGUACAAUACGUGUCUACAAUAAAGGUCCACUUCUAGGCUUCGCAUUGGCUUCAAUUGAUUCAGUUGGACUCCGUCUACCACGCUUAUGUACUGCUUUUGAAAUACAACCCACUGCUAUGCUUAUACCACCUGGUUCGUCAGCAACAUUACGUGUUGUUUUUCGACCACAGCGCGAGGACGUGAGAAAAAUUACCCGUCAAACCAAGUCCGUGUUGACACUAGCGAAUUUGCGUUUAAUAUCUGGCGAUGAAGCGAACAGGCAACGCAUGCGCCAAUUAGUUGCGCGUAUGUCGGCCGAUGAACGCGCCAACUUAAGUUCAUCUAAAUCUCUGGAAGCAUUGUGGGAAAAGCUACCUGGUGAGAAAGAUAUUGAGGAGCUGCAGAUGUUCAAAGAAUCGCCGACCUUAACAUUCGAUCUGUUGACAAAUAUGCGCAUACACGAAGUGGCACUUACCAUUAACGACGACUAUUUGGACGAGACUAUAAAGUCGACCUCUUCAUUUUAUUUUCCCGAUGAGGAUGAAACAGUAUUGUUCCGUACCGUGUGCAGUCCAUCGCCCAGCAACAAUGCAGACGGUUCGGGCCAUGUUUUAGAUCGUGUCGAUGAACUAACUGAGGAGGAGGUGGAGCAAGCAGCCAACAGUAAUAAUUCUUCGGCACGUGGCGAAGCUUGUUGCUGGUCAGUAUUGCCGAGUUCAUUAAACUUUCAUUUGCGCGGUGAAAAGCAUACGAUAUGCUCUUCGAUUUUCAUCUGCAACUCUUUUAAGUCACGACAAUAUUUUGAAGUGAGCACCAAUCGGAAAAAUGUAUUGCAGUUAAAGCCUACAGAUGGUUACGUGGAACCCGAUGGUGGACAUUUGGAGGUGGAAGUGAAAUUGCGGGUUGACAAAUUGAAUGUCGACAAUAGACUGGAACCCAUAUAUAUAACGGUUUCUAUGGAGAAUGAGCAUAUAACAGUACCAGUGAAGUUGAGCGAUGAGACUCGCCCGCAGUAGAACGCCUGCUGUGAAUAUAUGUGUACAUGCUAAAUGCGCUUACAGCAGCAUUUUAUGUUAUGUUAUUAGUUUUUGCUGUUAUUCGUCUAUUCAUCUGUUUUAAAACAUACUUCUUUUUAUAUUUUAUAUCGUUAUUAUUUUAUGCAUGAGUUUUACAGUUUGUUUCACAAUUGCUGCUGCUACUUCUGAUAUUUAUUAAUAAAUGUACGAAAUAUUUUCGUCCAAAAUAGUUUUUA